AUGUCGCGGUCAACCGCACCGGUGAUCACUUCUCCUCUUGAAGCGUGGCCAGCUAGACCUUUCCCUCGCGCCUCUCCCCUUUCCUCAAAGGUAUCCAGCACAUCUUCCCUCCAGACCACGACCGAAGAUUAUUCCGUGGGAUCGUCCACGACCGCAUGGACAUUGAGAGAUCCAUCAAGCGUAUCCGUGGUGUCCAGUACCAUGACCUUUGGUGAAAGUUCAACGGCAGCGGUCCAAGCAGCAGCCAAGGACCUUUCCAGUUCCAACUCUGACCAUGCGCCGAUCAACCAAGCCAACGUCAACGAUCAGAUUCCUGAUCUCGCCGCCACUUCACGCCUGGCCAAACUCGUCCAGACACCUCCGCCUCGACUCCGUGUCGUCAAAGGCAGUCGGGAUACGGAUGAAGAUGAUCACAGCCAGUCAAGACAAGGGGAAGGAUCGUCGAAUGGAUACAGUCCAGGACAUGGCAGCGCAAGAGGAGGAGGAGGUUGCAGCAGUUCAACAAGAGCCUAUGCUCCACCUAGGAAACCACUGACACCGGGUCAAUUGGGUCGAAUCGCUCAAUCAUUCGGUAUCGUCAUUCCCUCUUUACCUCACCCUUCACCGACUUCCCUCUCGCUCUCCCCUCUUCAAGCUAUCACUCGCAGUCCGAAUGCCAUGACACAUCAAACAAUGAGAGGGACACCUUGGUUGAUUACCGUCAUCCCGCCAUUCUCCAUACUCUUACCCCUGCCAUUGGGUUCAUCCGGCGACUCUGUCGAUGCACCCUCAUCCGCUGUCGUGCUCGGCACACCCCCCGAAUCUUCGAAACUGAAAGAAAGGAGACGGAAAUGGAAGCGAGGUAGACUCUUACCCUUACAACCGACGAUGGGUUCCAUGUUGUUGAGCAUAGCGAGGGAAUACGGUCUACCCAGUACACAAGGUGUCAACCUCUACUUGGUAUAUCAACCCCCACCGACCCAUCUCACCACGGCCGCUCCUCUUCCUACCCAUUCUCACUCCGCUUCUAUAUCUUCCACUGGGUCCUUUGGGUCUUCUUUUGAGGAAGCGACCGGCCCUCAGAUCUCGGCCCAGACGUGGUCCACCUUGUUCGCAUCGUAUCUCGUCUCAUCCGCCUCUUCUUCUCGCGCUUCGACACCGGCCAACACACCACUCAAAUCGUCAGGACCUCUCGGUAGAGAUAUAGCCUUUCCACCUUCGCCAUUGUCUCUCGUCGAACACCCCAUCCCGAGUGCCGCCGUUGCUUCCGAGUCUACAGGUAUUCGUCCCGAUAAACUCUCACCCACCUCCCUGGCUUCAUCGCCCGACACCAACGGUGUCGACCCACUCCCUCCGACGCCAUUCUCCCUCAAUCAGCACCAGUCACCUCAUCUGGCUCCUCAGGUCAAUCCCAUUGUCGGAACCAUUGAAUUCGAUGUCGACAUCGAUUCAGCCACAUGGUAUCAAGACUGGCGAAAAUCAGCUCGAACUAGACCUUCACAUAGCCGGAAAAUCAGUAGCGUCUCCGAUUCCGGACUCGGUCAUGUCAGUGCACCUUUGCUGUCCCCAGGUCCAGCGUCCUCAGGAGGUAUUAGACAAUUAAAGCUGGUACGCAAAGUCAACGAUAGUCGUGGCAUGGCUAGAUUUCUGCGUGAUGUUGAAUCGAAUCGGCCGCCAUACCUCGGUAUGGAUAAGCCUCGGUCAAUGUCACUUUCAGCGGCUAGCGGCGCCGCUGCUCGAGAUGCGAGGGUUGAUCCACUACCAUUGGAACACGCCAUCAUUAUCUCUGGAAGCGACCGCACAGAUGUCAGUGGAUUACUUGGACCGGCGACGAAUGAAAGCUCCCGCGUGGACGACCUGUCGUCUUCCGAUCCCCCUAUGGAGGUGGUCGACGACUUACUUGCUAGCCCGAUAGCGUUGGACAAAACACAGUUGGAGCUGCAACGGGUUCGAGAAGUUGUCCAAGAGGUCAUCAUGGAUAAGCGAGGUAGCGGAUUGGUCAUGUCGGACGAGUUGGACAAGCUGGAGCAGCUCAUGCGCACAUUAUCACCUCGCGAGAUUCGAGUGACUUCACCGAGAAUGUUGACACCUCGCAUGGCGGCCAAAAUAGCGGCUGCAAAGAUACAAGCGGAAGGUUUGACAAAACUUACACUGAGCCCAAAUCCAAAUGGUCAAGCGCACAGCUCGUUGCUUCCUUCGCCUCUGGCAUCCACGUUUACAGCUCCAUCAAAGGCUACUCCAGAAUCGCUCCCUCGUGUCCCAAAAUCCUCAACGGACAGUACGAAUGCUACCAGCGCCAGCGGGUCUCGUCGUGUGGCUUGGCCGGCAGUUCCUCAUUCCGAGUCUCCCGAAUCAUCUCGAAUUACAGAAUAUUUCCAAGCGAAAGCUGCCCCUCAAUCUGGAGAUGACACGCCGAGUCCUCGAUCGGCGGAGACGCUGCAACGUGCCCAACAGUCCUCGCACGCCGCCCUCACAACAACAACGGCAGAGGUGGAAUCGAGGUAUGCGGAGUGGAGACCUAGACGACCGCAGAGGCCCACUUCUCCGGGAUUGGAACAGACCCAUCGAAGAACACCGUCAUACACGCUUCCGCAGACUCACGUUGAUCAGUUGCGCCAAGUGUCGAAUCCGUUGCCCGGUACCAGUACCCAACCCUCGACAUCCCCUGCCAAGCCGCCACCACAUAUCCUUCGCAAUCGCACGUCUAGCACUGAACUGGGACUUGCAACGGGAGGACUGGCAGGCAUCGGCGAAUCUCCUCGAUCGCCACCACCCGUCCCUCGAGACAAGGGUCGUCGAGGAAGCAACGCGUUCAAGGGGCUCAAAAAUCAGAUCUCGGCGAGAAAUCUCAAUAUACAAUGGGGUCCAAAGCAGCCAUCUACGCCCUCCCCCGAAAUGAAUUCUCAACAUUCCUCGCCUGCACUGCCUGCGGAGUCUGGAAGUCGACAGACAGAGACGCUUGGUCUUUUCAGCCGGUCUGGACCAUCACUCGACCAUCAGACCACGUCUUCGUUUGCGAGUUUGAACGGCGCCGCCGCCCCGGCCGGAGCCCCAGCUCCACCGUCUAAAGAUUCUCUACCUCGCAAAGUGUAUACCGGCGGAGACCUCAGCCCGCCGAUACAAAUGGGCGACUGGGAUCUGGCUGAUGUUCCCUCACCACCAACGCAUACUUUUUCUUCCAACAACGUCGUCGUCUUCCCCUCGGCUCUCAAGGCGAAUCAUGUUCCUCAUACGCAAUCACCACUGCAAUCGCGUGAACCCAACAGCCAUUCGGUUGGUAUCUCCAGUCAAAAGGGUCCUCAGGGCGUCGCCUCGAAAUGGCUGGGCAGCGUCAAUGGCUUUACGUUUGGCAAGAAAGCUAGUGUAUCGGCUUUGCGCGAACAGGCAGGCUUUGGUCCAGGCUCCAAUGGCCCGGCAGGGCGCAGUGUCAGUGACGGUCAUGCGCGAAAUCUCAGCACGGGUAGAGGUCGAAUUCCACAUCCCAAUGGAUCAGGUUCACAAGGUCGUCGCAACCCAUCUAUAGAUUCAGCCUCUAUCGGCUCGCCAAUCGUCUCGACCUUUCGCCAGGUCGAGGGGACCUCUCCGCAUUUAAUGAGUGCUGGAGGGGUCACUCAUCCUCGAGGUCCAUCAUCAUCACCUUCCAACGGGAUCGUCCUCGAUUCUCCCCCUUUCACGGCUUUUUCGUUCCAAUCACAAGGCUCAGGUAUGAGCACUGAACUGCCUUAUCGGUCUCCCGCAAAGACUACUGCCUCUUCUUCUUCACCUAUGAAUUCGACGCACAAGACUUUACCGGAAUCCCCUGGUAUCAAGAGGAAACCUGUCCCCUCGGAAGUGGGAGUCGGAGUCAUGCAAGGUAUGACGACGAGUGACAGUUUCGCGAGCUCUAGGAGCUUUGUAUUGGAGGACCCCCCAAAGAGGAGGUUGCGAUAG